AUGGAUGGUUUAGAGAAAAAAACACUUAAUGUACUUCAUCAAUCCCAUAAUAAAGUAAUUGAAGAUCUACAUACAUGGCAUAAGAAUAUUGUAAGUCAGCUUGAUCAAAUGUAUGAUAAUAUUCUUCUCGAUAUGAAAAAUACAUAUGAGGAUGUUCAAUAUUUUGCUUCAUUUACAAGUAAACUCUUACUUGAACAAGAAAAUCUACUUCAGCAAGCAACAUCUAACGACGAAAUCAAUACUAUUCAAGAACGAAUCAAUGAAAUUUUAACAGAAAUCACAUUUUUGCAGUCAUUAUCAUUUCAUUUGAAUUGUGAUUCAGUCAAACUUCAUGGUAAACUUCAAUUAAAUUUAAACAAAAUUCCAAUAAAAUCAAAUCAUUCAUUGAUGGCAACACUGCCUUGUAUUGAUAAUGCAUCUCAAACAAUAAUUCAUUCAUCUAAACUGCCAACACGGAAUAAACAAUCAAUUUUGUUAUCAACUACAUAUCGUUUUCUGAUUUCACGCAUUGAUGCUAUUGAAUUAAAAAAAACUUCACUUUCGAUUUUUCAUUUAACUUCUUCUGACAAUCAAUCGAUUAAUGACUGUGUUUUAACAUUUAAUGUAUUUAAUCUUGUUUCAUUUCUUAAUGCAUUUACAGCAUAUUGGAAUUUAUUUCCAAAGAAUAAUGAAAUUCGUGUGCUUAUACCACAAUAUAAUGUAUCAUAUUUAGCCGAUAAAUUAAAUGAAACAUCGCGUUCACUUACAAACCGCUUUCAAUUAGAUCAAAUAAAUGUUUUUCCAUGUUCGUGUCCAAAAUCUGAUGAGCGAAUUCUAUUGAUCAAAGGAACACGACGUGAUUAUAUUAAAGAUUGUAUUCGAGAAAUAUAUUUUAAUAUUGAAAAAUAUAAUGAAAAUGAAGGUAUAAAACAAGAUAUAAACCUCUAUAAUCCAAGCAAUUUGACAAAUGAUGAUAUUAAUGAAAUAAUUUUAUCGAAUAUGGAUUAUGGAGGCUUUAUACAAAAUCGAAAUAAAUCAGUCAAUGAAAAUCAGUCUAAAAUCGAUACAACUGAAGAUGAAGACAGCGAUGAUGAUUUAUGGGAUGAAAAUGAUGAUUGGUGGAAUUUUCGAAAUACUCGAGAUGGUAGCACAGAAAUCAUUCAACGCGAAAUGAUUGUUAGUAAUAAACAUGCCGGUGCUAUUAUAGGUGUUAAUGCAUCAUAUAUUGAUCGAAUUAAACAGAAAACUGGCGCGUGUGUUUAUAUAAAUGGUCAAAUCAAUGACCUUAAACGAACAGCAAUUAUGAAAGGCACACGUGAACAAGUUGAUCGAGCUUAUUUAUUCAUUGAAAAUCUUAUUGACAGAAAUAUAAAUGACAAAAAGUAUCGACGAGACAAAGAUACGCGCACAUAA